GGCUGCGGAGAGCGCUUGUGUAGUCGGCCGGCGCCGUGUGUGCGCCGCUGGGUCCAGGGCUUUCCCUCGCCGCUCGUCUUACCGGAGGCCUUGCCGACAUGAGCGGCAGAGAAGGAUCAGGAGGGUUCAGGAAAAGGAAGCAUGACAAUUUUCCACAUAACCAAAGAAGAGAAGGGAGGGGUGUUAAUUCAUCUUCACCCGUGAUGCUGGCCUUCAAAUCAUUUCAGCAGGAGCUUGAUGCAAGGCAUGACAAAUAUGAGAGACUUGUGAAACUUAGUCGGGAUAUAACUGUUGAAAGUAAAAGGGCUAUUUUUCUACUCCAUAGGAUUACGAGUGCUCCUGAUAUGGAAGAAAUACUGAAUGAAUCAGAAAUUAAACUGGAUGGUGUCCGACAGAAGAUACUGCAGGUAGCACAGGAGCUGUCAGGAGAAGACAUGCACCAAUUCCAUAGAGCCAUUACUACAGGACUGCAAGAAUAUGUGGAAGCUGUCUCUUUUCAGUACUUCAUCAAAACACGAUCAUUAAUCAGUAUGGAUGAAAUUAAUAAGCAAUUGAUAUUUACAACUGAAGACAACGGGAAAGAAAAUAAGAUUCCCUCUUCUGAUGCACAGGAUAAACAGUUUGGCACUUGGAGCCUGAAAAUCACACCUGUGGAUUACCUUCUAGGAGUGGCUGAUUUAACUGGAGAAUUGAUGCGGAUGUGUAUUAACAGUGUGGGGAAUGGGGACAUUGACACCCCCUUUGAAGUGAGCCAGUUUUUACGGCAGGUUUAUGAUGGAUUUUCAUUCAUUGGCAACACUGGACCAUAUGAGGUUUCUAAAAAGCUGUAUACCUUGAAACAGAGUCUGGCCAAAGUGGAGAAUGCUUGUUAUGCUUUGAAAGUCAGAGGUUCAGAAAUUCCAAAGCAUAUGCUGGCAGAUGUGUUUUCAGUAAAAACAGAAAUGAUUGAUCAAGAAGAGGGCAUUUCUUAGAAUUACAUUACUGGGUUAUUCUUCUGAGAACUCCUAAGAGAGACCAAUUUAUAAGACUGUUGUUUAGUAUUUCAUUUGACUCUAUGUGGCUUUUCCAUAGAACCAUUUUCAGUUGUACUUGUUUUAAAUUGUAUACAAGCUGUACAUAAAAUUAUCCAAGUGAAUCAUUUCUUGUAUCUUAUUCAUGAAAGUUUGCAUACAAAUAUUUGCCUACUUACCUAUUUGAAUAUUUGCUGGUUAACCUUCAUCAUUUAUCUUUGUAAUAUGAACAUACUGCAUAUUUCAGAGUGCAAUUUCUACCAUAUCUAUUAAUUUCCUUUUGUGAAUUUUGGAGUGGUAAUUUUUAGUGGAAGCCACUUAUAAUUUAAGUUGAUGAUUUUAUUAUAUAGAGAAAAGAUUUUUUAGUUACAUUUCUGGACUUUUGCUUCCAGUUUAAAUUUCUUGUUACUGUUGUGCCAAGCUUCCAAAAUAGGCUUAUUCUAUGGAAUAAGAAUUAAGAAUUAACAAGCUGUCAGUGUACUUCAAGUGUAAGUUUAUGAGGUAUGAUAGUGAAAAUUCAUGUUAUAUUUUGGCCAAUUUUAGGUCAUUUUAAAUUUAUAUGAAACAACCUUCCAGAAAAAUUGACAGAUACCCUGAUGUUAUUUUCUUCUCCUUUUUUUUGUCCUUUGUCAUAGAA